UAAAUACCCAUGUUUAUGUUACCUUGUUAAUUUUUGUACCUACUUCUGAUAUAUUUUAUAAAGAACAAAUCGAGGAGACAGACAUUUAUACUGAAUCAAAAAGCACCUUAGUUAGAAGAAAGGUACUGACUUUCUCUCUGUCUCUCAGAUUUCGGAAGGAAUUGUGGACAAGGAAACAAUGGGAUCGAUUGCAAAGCAAGGAUUGAAGAAGUUCAUGUUGCAACUUCAGCAACAUCCCCUGAGAACAAAGGCGAUUAUGGCAGCUGUGUUAACAGCGAUCAGUGACAUAGUUUCACAGAAGCUCUCUGGCAUACAGAAGCUUCAACUGAGACGUUUGCUACUCAAAGUGAUUUUAGGUUUUGCUUAUUUUGGACCUUUCGGGCAUUUCCUGCAUAUGCAACUGGAGAAAAUUUUCAAGGAGAAGAAGGACCCUAAAACGGUAGCCAAGAAGGUUCUUGUGGAGCAAUUGACAUCUGCUCCUUUGAACACCCUGCUUUUCAUGAUUUACCUUGGUGUGGUUAUUGAAAGAAGGCCUUGGGUGGAUGUGAAAGCUAAAAUCAAGAAGGAAUACCCUACAGUGAUGUUUACAUCAUGGACGUUCUGGCCAGUUGUGGGUUAUAUAAACCAUAUGUACAUGCCGCUGCAAUUCCGUGUUGUUUUCCAGAUUGCUGUGUCAUUAUUCUGGGGAAUAUUUCUGAAUCUGCGAGCGAGAUCAACGAGACUGACUAAUUCAUCAAAGACUAAAUAAACUAGAGAUAUGUAGAUUCUGCGCGCUAUCAAGACUUUUUGGACCGGAUUUGUUUCUUCAAUGGUGAAAAAUAUCAAGACUUUUUUGUUCUUGCACUGAACAAAAUUACGCGUGAGGAAUAUAGCUGCUCAAAGAUCAGUUCUUUUGGACCAGAUUUGUUUCUUCAAUGGUGCAUGUGAAUCAUGGAUUUAGAUUUGUUAAGUUUGGUUAUCUUUUGUUCUAUUCACCACCUUUUUUACAUUUAUAGAUAAACUGUCUUGGUUUGAACAC